AAAGCUAAGCGAUAUCAGAGCACGAAAGGUAGAAGGUGCUCAAAAUAUGGGCACCUCUAAAACUAUGUAUUUAAAAAUUUUGCUGUUUUUUUCAAUAGCGUUGGAAGUCCAGUCAAAAUUCAUCAACUUCAAACCGGGUUAUGAGUACGUAUACAGCUUUGAGGGCCACUCUACCGUCAAAGACCUGGGGAAGUUCGUCGUCAAAGCAAAGGUCAGUUAUACAAACGUCCAGACUUUCCUCGAUGGCCAAGAACUACUACUGAAAGUGCACACGUUCAAUCUCGCCCCAGAAAAAGACCCUGAUCUCAAAGGAGGUGAUCUUGAUUUCUCAAAAUGGUUUUCCUUUGUGAUAUCAAAGCGUGGAGUGAUAACACAUGUAUACCACCCCCCAGGAGAAGACACAGAUGUCAUUGCCUCUAAGAAGGGAUUCGCAGCUUUGUUUGCAUCAAGACUACACGAAGAGGGAGAUGUGGCAGGGGUUUCAAGUAACCAUGGAUUCAUUUACAAUAUUACAGAGAGUGGAAGUGAAGGUGAGCAUAAUGCGACAUACACAGUUUCCACUUCUAAAGAUGGCUUGCAGUUUACCAAGGUCAGACACGGACAUCCUGUCGAAAAGGCUACAGGAUCGUAUGCUAAAACACUACACUACCAUGACUAUUUGGGUACAAUACACAGUGUUCUGAUCGAUGAAGACUUCACAUCCCCAAAGAUGCACCAAAGUUUUGACCCCCAUGCAAGUAUGAGAAAAGUAAAAGCAGUGAAUGAAUUCAGCCAUGUAGAGAUGCCAGAAAUGUCAUAUGUUAGCAAGGGAAAACUGCAUUUUCUAACCAGACAUGUUGAUAAACAUGAGUGGGCGAAACCUCACCGGGCAUUGCUGACUUCAACAAUUCAUGUUGGAAAUCUAAAGAAAACAGAGAGAAACCUCAAUAUUACCCUAUCAAAUGAACAUAUCAGUGGGAAUCUGACUUGCAUGGAAAAUCAACCCCCUGAAGGAUCACAUGCAUUAGCUAUUUGUUUUCGAAACAUUGUGGAGAUCAUGACAAGAUUGCCAGAGGAAGAAGUUGUAAGAAUAGCAGACUUUUACUUGGAACAGCUUGACACAAAUCUUUCGAAGAACAAAAGAGCAAAGGAAAAUAUGGUUGAUGUGUUUGGUGCCUUAAACACAGAGCUCGCAGAUGAGUUGUUAGCCAAAAAGAUUUUCUUGAACCCCAAACCUGAUCAUGAGAUGGUGAAAAGAAUCCUGACACAUUUGUCUACAAAAUCCUCUUCUCCCCAUGAGGUACUACUGCAAGUUUUAGAAGAUGCCGUCUUUCAUAAAGAAAAGUUUCCUAAAGAAUUUUAUGACAAAGAUACCCACAGUCGAUGCCUGUUAGCUCUAGGUGCUGUAAACCAUAAGCUCGCAAAAGAGGGAAAUGUUCAUCGAGCAAGGAGAACAGUUGCAUGGUUACAUUCUGCACUGGGCAUGCAUGACCCGUAUGAGUACAGGAAGAGGAGAGCAGUGAUGACAGAGAGGGAAAAAGAAUCUCAUGACCACCACAAGGUCGUUUUGUUGGAGACACUUGGGAAUGCCAGGAUGGAUGAGUCCUACGAUUUCAUUAUCUCUCACAUCAACAGUUCCAACUCACAGUGGAUCAAAAGAGCUGGAUGUCAUGCACUAAGGAAAUAUGAACAUCAACAUGCCGCUGACACCUUGCUGUACUCGGCUUUGUUUGAUGAGGACCAAUCUGUUCGUUAUGAAGCUGCUCUUUUGUACAUGGGACACCCUAAAGGCAAAAUGAUAGCUCCAUUCUAUUUUUAUAGUGAAACUACAGCAAAUGGAACAGUAAUGAUAGAUCCAUAUGAUGCUGGGAUUGACGUGAUGGAUCUCACCCAUGGUCAUCGUAGGUCAAGAAGAAGCAUUUGGGACGGGCUGAAGUUUAGACUGGAAGCACCAAGUGUGGACUGGCAGAAGUUGAUAGGAUCUAAAAGUAUUGGGGCAUCAUUUGGUGUAAUCAUGAUGAAUCUGCUGGAUUUAGUUGUUGCCCCCACACAUGGACAUGUAAAAGUAAAAGUUCACGAUGAGGCGUAUGCCAGAGUCCAUCUCGGCUUCAUUGGUAAAAAUAUAGAGUUUUUCCUGGCUAGAGUUUGUUUUAAAGGAGGAGCUGAGUACAGCAUCAACAUAUUACAGGGGAAUGACAUGAAGAAAAUUAUAAAGUUGGCAGCCAAUUUCUCCAAAAAGUUGAAAGAAAUCGUGGAUGGAAUCAAGAGUGGAGUUCAACUCUUCAAAGACAUUAUAUCUGGACGUCUGAACUUAAAGGACAUCAUCAGUGAACUGAUUCAUGCCAUUGCCAGUUUGCCACAGAAGGUUUUAAAACUGAGAGAAGUUGCAUCCUCGGCAAUGAAAAAGAUUGGAAGUUUUGACCCAGCAGAUCUGCCCACAGAGUUCCAGCCAGUUAUCAACUUUGUUCAUAAAGUGACCAAGUUAUUUAAUGACAUCAAAACAGAUGUGAUGGGAUUUGUACAUGAAAUUGAACAAGCAAUCAAUGUUGUUAUUCCACAACAAGGCAAAGCUAUAUUCAAUGCUGUGAAAGAUAUAAUAGAUGCUUUUAAAAAAAUCUUGAAAAACCCGAAAGAAUCAUUGAUGAAAAUUGGAGGAAGUAUUUUCAGGAUUUAUCAAGCUGUAAAAAUUGUUCUGGAGCAGAAAGACAAAAUUCAGGAUGCUUGUUUCUUCAUGAGAGAUGACAAGCCAUACUGGUUUGAUGUAGCAGCAUUAAUUUCGGAAUACAGUACUCUAGCUAUGAAAGCAUUUGAUAGUCUAAAAACAGCAGGCACAAAAUGGAUCAACGAGAAAGUGGAAGAAGGAGAAGAUGCUGUGAUGAAGUUUUCCAAGGGAAAGUUCUCCAUGCAAUCUGUGAAACAAGAAGUAAUAGAUCUACUGAACACAACCAAGAAAGAAUUGAUGGAUCCGUUUCAAGGUUUGAUAGGAAUGGCUGAUACAUUUAUUAACAAAUAUGGAAAAGUCUUCAAGAUAAUCAAGUCUGUGAAGGAUGCCUAUAAUAUUCUGAAGGAAGGAUAUGAAACAGCAAGGGGAAUAAUAGACUCCCUGUUUGGAACACGAACACAUGGUAGUUUUCCCACCACUCGCAGAGAGAAGGAUGACCAGUGUAGUGGUAGUGGAGAGUAUCCCUCCAGCCUCGGCAAUGGACAUUCAGAUUACCCUCACACAGGCGUGGACAUUGUCAUACAAAGUGGACAAUCCAUUGUUGCUCCAUUUGCUGGAGACAUAACAAAAGAAGAUGGUGACACAGUAAAAUUGGUGGUACAGGGAGGAUCUUUGAAAGGGACCAUCAUUUACAUCACAAAUAUUGAGGCCAAAUCUAAUAUAGAGGAAGAGGAACCUAGAACUUUUGAAGCAGGCCAACCAAUUGGAACAGCAAAGCAAUCAAAGUGUAAAAAUCACAUACAUCUGUCAUUUAAAAAAGAUGAUGACUAUAUUGACCCGACAAAGUAUUUGGAAUUUAAACCUGUCACCAUGCCUGAAUGGAAACAAGAAUGUGAUGAUUACAAACUGGUGUUGAUGGAUGAAACGCUUGCUGCAGGAGUUAUUGUUGGGUUUGGUGGCCAACAACCGGAGAAUAAUGACCCCACACUGGAAAACACUGACGUGGCUGCUGAAAUACCCGACCUGCCUUCUUCAUUUGACCCUGACUUCUCAGUAGAUAUUAAAGACGACCCAGACAGUGCUUACAAUGCUGUUCAAGAUCAGUCUACAAACUCGGAUGUCUUAAACAUCGAUGAACAAGAGGAUAUGUGUCCUGCUCUCUUGGGAUCCAAUGCUCCAGUCACCACCACCACAACAGCUGCCCCAGCAGCGGAAGGAAAAGGAUUCUUUUCGAAACUACUGAAAGCAGCAGACAAAUUCUUGCAGAAGUUCAACAUUCGGCGACUUAAAUUUGGAACCAUCAUUGAGUUCUUGGACAAGCUAGGAAUGGUGAAAAGUAAAGAAGCGAUGGCCAGAGUGAUGAUCACCAUCAAAGAACUCAUAGAAAACAAGCCCUGUGUUAGUCCCCAUGAGAUGACUGAAGACCAGCUUAUGAAUGAACUGAUAGAGAGGGGCAAAGAUGCUUCAGGCUCGAGAGAAGACAUGGUAGCAAAACUUCUGGAACUGGACCAGAGCUGCCCACUGAUGUCAUUCACAAUGCCAAAGAAUGUUUACUGCACGUUUGAUACUUACUGUUUGGGAGUGGAAUGCUGCAUCAAUGUCAAACUUGCUGUGUUUCUCAAAGUCUUCAAGUUUUGGGCCAGAUUUGAUCCAUGCUCUGAUCCGAUGCAGUUUGCAAUGGCGUUUGACAAGUAUAACUACACAAUCAAAAUUAAAGGCAGUCUGAACUUUGAUGGUUUUGAAAAUGAACUUCGAACAGGAAUCAAAAUUGAUCUUAUGGGUGGCAUUGAAUUGAUUGUGAAGUACAGUAUCACUAAAGGAGAGGAGGCAGCCCUGGCUACAUUUGGUGUAGGCUUUUGUAGUUAUGAAGACAUUGAUGACUGCAUUCUGUUUCUAAAUCUGCUGGACAAUGCAGUCCUGCCAAUACCUACUUGUCUGCCAGAUGGCACGUUUGUGUGGCCAAAGUUGAAUUUUACAAAGUUGUUUGACAAGGAAGCACUCAUGAAAAGAAUAAAGGAACAAGGGAAAGCCCUAACAAAACUGGUUGUCUCAGAACUCGUGGACGAAUUUCUGAAGUUGCUUCACAUUCCUAAGGAAAUACUGCUCGAUAGCGAUCCCUCUCCAAGACCAGAGAAAAUGACACUGGGACAAAUAAAAGCAACGUUAAUGUCCAGGAAUUUAUCGACAGGUGGAAACAGAGACACUCUGAAUGAGAGGUUGUGGAAAGAUGACUUGUCCUGCACACUCCUUGGGCACCAUUUAACUCUACCUCAGAUCAAUGGACAACUUGGAAAACUUCUUUAUUAUGCAAUACAAGAUGACUGUAUGAGACUGGAUGCUUGGGCAGACAUUACAGUACCUAUACUGGGACAAACCUACACCAAAACACUUCGAGCUUAUGUGGAAUUAGAUCCUUGUAGUUUUGUCUUUCAAGUUGCAUUUGAGGGGUAUUCCUACACAAAGGUUCUACUGAGUUAUGAGUGGGGAACGGAUGAAACAGCAGAAAUUUCAGAACACGUCAUUGUCAUGUAUAAAAUAGACCGGAAUGUAGAUGAGGGCGUAUUUCUUGUAAGUUUUGGGUUGAAGAUUUGUGCAGGAGAAUGCUUUCUGGAUAAAUAUUUCCUGAAUGACGUCAAAAUUCCAAUUCCUCUCUGUGGAGAAUUUGUCCUUCCAGGUGGCGGGUCAUUUAGUGGUUUAUUACAAACAAUUGGAGGAAAAAUGACGGAGGAAGCAUUUGAACUUGUGUUGAAAAAAUUUGAUCUUGAUAUGGUAUUCAAAUCAGGACCAGUGCAUCUACCACCAGGACCAGACAAUUGCCCAAUUUCUUUUGACUUCAGAAAGUACCUCCCCCCAGCCAUUAGACACAUGGUGACUUGUGUACAGCCUCCCAACUGCUGGGGAAUAGACUGUAGCCUGGAUUUGACCUUUACUAUCCCUCUAGGAAAUAUCAAGGUCACAAAAAAUAUUCCCUUCUGGUUUAAACUGGACCCGUGUGAUUUUGCCAUCGACAUUGGCUUUGGAACUCGCACUUUGCUGAAAACCCGCCUUCUACAGUAUGAGUUUGGCAAACAAAAAUCUCUCGUUCUUGGAUCUGGAAAACCUCCACCAAUUGAAAUUAUAUAUAAAAUUGACCAGAUGGAGGGAAACAAAGGUUUCAUUGUGGACGUCAAAGUGAUGAUCUGUCUACCCAUGGAUGGGAAAAAGUACUGCAUCCCAUCCAACAAAGGGUUGCAUUUACUCCAUAACCAGGAAAUCCCUGUGUGUGACCAGAGGGCUCUUAUCAACUUCAAAAACUUUUCCAUUGGCGAAUGGUUGAAAGACAAAGCGUUGAACAUUGGAGAACAGUUAGGUGAAGGAGCAAAGAUGUUACUGCUAGAGGAACUGAACCUGACUAAUUUCUUCCAGAAACCCAAAUGUGACAGAACACGAUCACCAUACAUCCCAUCCGUGGAAGGACUGCACAAUAAUUGCCCAAAAUCCAUUGCAUUUUUGCCUUCCAAAAUCCCCGAUCCCAUGUCGUGCUACAUUCCCGACUACUGUACAGGAAUAGAAUGCUGCGCAGAGAUUCCAUUUCUAGGAUUAGGAUUACAUCUGUUCUUGAAUUUGGAUUUGGACAAAUUGGAACUGAGCUAUGGAUUUGAGAACUUGAAAACAAAGAUCAAACUUAUUAACUAUGUUUGGGGAGAUGAAAUAAAAGUGUCGGUUGCUGGAGAUUUGAUUAAGUUUAUAUUCAGCAUAAAACCCAUAACUGAUGAAAAUGUCUAUGUUUUCAAUGCCCGUGCAACUGUGUGUUUGGAUGGAGGAAAGUGUUCCAUUGACAUUCCAGUGUUAACGAAUACAAAGCUGCCAUCUAUUAGAGCUCUAGUAACAGGAGAUUUCAACUUCUCGAUGUCAAAUUGGUUGGAGAAUAUGGGGAUUCCAUCACUGGAAGACUUGAAGGAUAGCGCCAAAACCAUGCUAAUCCAACAGCUAGGAGUGGAUAAGUUUUUACUUGAUGCGCCCUGUGAUGCAGCCAGCAAAAUGUAUUCUCCAAGUGUCCGUGGAUGGAAAAAUGAGUGUCUGUUGGAUUGGGUCGUGCCGCCAGAGAUUCCGUUCCACAACGUAAAGUGUGCCCUGACUGAGAACUGCACCAGGAUUGAUUGUUGUGUUGACUUCAGUCUCCUGAAUCUGAAUCUUCACUUCUUCCUUCACUUUGACAGGUGUAGCUAUGUCAUUUCUGGUGGAAUAGAGAAGAAAACGUUCUCGUAUGGACUGCUAGACUUUGAAAACUUUUGGGGGAAAGAGAUCAAAACAAACAUUGCAAACAUCAUUUAUAUCAAGUUCAAGGCCAGUCAGUUAGAGGUGUCCAAGAAAUAUGUCCUUGACCUUGGUGUCUCUGUGUGUCUGGAACCCAAUAAAUGUGAGCUAGAUGUCCCAGUAUUCAAUCAGGUCCUAAUUCCAAUUCUCAACUGUGACCUUACAAUGGAUUUCUCACUAAAAGGAUUUUCUCUGACAAACUGGAUGAAUGAACAAGGAUUAUCCCUAGAUGGAAGUCUCUCGACAGCUUUGUCGAACUCUCUGUUCAAGAUGCUAGGCAUAGAUUCAUUUAUGAAAGAGAAGUCAUGUUCCCGCUCAGAACCACCAUACAGUACCAACAAGUUACAGGAAAAUGGAUGGUCCUCUGAAUGCCCAACACAAUUGUCCCUUUUCAAAAUUAGAGGGACCACAUCUUGUAACAUAAAAGAGUCUUGUACGGCUGUCUCCUGCUGUAUAGAGGUGGGCAAAAUAGGAAGGACGUUUGAAGUGGAAUUGGAUGUAGACUUCUGUAAUCAGAAGAUGUCGUUCGGGAUUGAGAGACUCACAGAAACCCUCUCUUUACAACUCUUCGAAUUUGGAGUGAGGAAGGAAAUCGUUAUAAAAGGAGUCAUUAAGUUUGGUUACACUAUCUGGGACAAUGCUGGAGAAGGAGUAUAUGUAGUGACGGUGGACCUGGCUGUUUGCUUAGAGGAUGGGGGAGAUUGCUUGAUUGAUGUCAAUAUUCUUAAUCAAGUCAAACUUUCCAAACAGAUCUGUCAAUGGGGAACAGGUUUCCUUAACCCAGGUUUUACACUGGAUAGCUUCAUGAAGGAAAAUUCCAUGACGGCGUUUGAUCAAAUAAAAGGAUUGGUUUUGGAUGAACUUAAGGAGUCCUUAGGACUACCACAGUAUCUGAAUGAUCCGCCCUGUUCUCUGUCUAGCCAGAUGUACACCCCACAGAUCAAGGGAUUCAAAAAUUCUUGUUCUAAAGCCAUUGGAUCCUUGCCUUCACUUCCAUCCAACAUGAGAUGUGCAAUAGCGGAGUCCUGCACAGGGAUAGAUUGCUGUGUAGGAGCGGCUCCAGUUCAUCAUAAUUUCCACGCCUAUCUAGAUGUUGAUCCCUGCAGUCUGCAAAUGAAGUUUGGCAUCGACAAAUUCCAGUUUCAGAUUUAUUUGCGAGAGUUUGAGUUCGGCAUUGAGAAGGAUGUCAGACUAGUCAAUGUUGUCAGAAUGAAGUUUAAAAUAUGGGAUCUUGCAGCUGAGAACCAGUAUUUGAUUGACUUGAAAUUCAGUGUAUGCUUUGAUUCAGCAUCUCAGUGCAUAUUAGAGGUCCCGAUAUUCCAAGAACAACGCCUUCCAAAGAACAUCUGUGACUUUGCAGCGAGCUUGUCAAAUUUUUCAUUUGAUGGCUGGAAAUCCUCCAUGGGUUUGGCCAUGGAUAAACUGACAUCAUCAGCCACUGACCAGUUAAUGGAAUAUCUUGGAAUUGCUGGCUACCUGAAGAAACCUCAGUGUAGUGUAGAGAUUGGAAAUAACACUGUUAAUGGAUGGAACGAUGAUUGUUCCAAGUCUUCUGCCUAUCAGAAACCAGAUUUGUCAUCUCUGCCUCUGCUGUGCUCGAUCGCCUCCACAUGCUCACAGAUCCACUGUUGUUUAGCUGUGAACCCUGUCGGCAGGAACUUCGAAGCUUUCAUUGAUCUAGAUCCAUGCUACAAAACUCUGGAAGUAGGAAUAGAAGAGUACAGAACUAAAAUCAAUUUGAUGACGUACUCGUUUGGAACAAAGAGUAGCUUCUGGAUGAAGAAUGUCAUCAAAAUAGAGUACAGUGUUGAAGAUCUUGAGACUAAAUAUCUGGUAAAUAUGAAAGUGGAGAUUUGUCUGGAACAUGGAAAGCCGUGUAUGAUAUCCCAGGAUGUAGCCAAGGACGUUUACCUGCCAAAAAUCGGUUGUGAUUGGUCAUUUGACUUCUCUGGAUUUUCCAUCUCUGGGUGGUACAAAAACAUGUCCCUGUCACCGGGCUCUGCAUUGUCAGUUACCUACCUCUCCAUGCUGAAAGAAAGACUGGGAAUCACCAACUUCCUCCUUCCAAAAGAAAACCAAUGUAACGGACAGUCAGCCAAUUAUCUACCACAGACUGCUGGUCAGGCAGGGUGGAAAAUUGACUGUCCCAUGGGCGUGGGUAACAUGAGUGAGUUAUCCAGCACUCUUCCCAUCAGCUGUCACCUAAUGAGUCACUGUACAGCUGUAGAAUGUUGUCUGGAUUUCCGGGAUCCACUACAACAGACAAUUCAUUUCUUCCUUGAUUUGGAUCUUUGUCUUCAGACACUGAAAGUGGGAAUCGAGAAACUCGCAUUCGAAAGGACACUGUUUUCCUAUCAGUAUGGUGUUGAAGACAGCUUCAGUUUAAAGGAUGUGGUUCAGAUUCAAUACAAAAUUGAAGAUGUUGACAGAAGCUACCUGGAGUUAACUGCAAAAGUAAAGCUAUGUUUAGAGGAGAAGACCUGCCUGUACGAGUCUCAGUUGUUCAACAAACAGAGGAUACCAAAACCUGGGUGUAACUGGAACCUCAACUUCACAAUACCAGAUUUCUCCCUGUCAAACUGGUACAACAAGAUAGGUGCUACAAUUGGAUCCCAGCUCUCCAUCCUGAAUACUGCCAAACUGCUGGAGGAACUUGGGAUUGCCAAGUACAUGCAGGAAGUUCCUUGUCAGAGGUCUGGUUCAGUCUACAGUCCCUCCGUUAAUGGAUGGAAGAAAGAGUGUCAGAUGGAAGUUGAUAUGGCACCCAUCUCUGAUUCUGUGACAUGCCUUGUGAAGGACACAUGUACCUCUAUCAGUUGUUGUAUGGAUGUCGGAUUUAUGAAAACAUCUUUUGAAUCCUACCUUACUUUGGAUGCCUGUAACUAUUGGAUGGAAGUUGGUAUUGAGAAGUUGUCAUUUAACAUCAGUCUAAAGGAUGUGUCCUUUGGAAUAAAGAAACACUUCUACUUGAACAGUGUAGUUCGCGUUGAUUACAUGAUUGAAGAUUUGACAGUGGAGAGACAGUUCAGAGUUUCAUUGACAUUGAAAGCUUGUUUUGAGGCUUCUGAUGAUGCCAAAUGCUUGAUUAACAUUGAUGUCUUCAAGAACACCCUGGUGCCCAAAUCAAUCUGUGACUGGACAGAGGGAUUUUCCACACCAGACUUUGAUCUGAGUUCGUGGUAUAACAGUCUUGGAAUUAGCCCAGGGUCUGUUCUCUCUGUGGUCAACAGAGAUAAGCUGUUAAAUGAACUUGGAAUUAAAUCUUACCUAAGUACAAAUCCCUGUUCAUUUGCAUCUCAGACAUUUAAUCCAGCGAACAGUAAGGGAUGGAAAAAUGAUUGUAAGAAGGACUUGACCAGUCUGCUCCCUGUCUUACCAUCCAAUGUAAGAUGUAACAUCCCAUCCUUCUGUACGGGAGUAACUUGUUGUAUUGAGGAAACGAACGUGUUACGGACUGGCAUCACUGUCGGAGUGGAACUGGAUGACUGCAGUCACGUCCUGACAUUCCAAGUAGAACAGCUCAAAAUCAGAAUACAGCUCCAUGAUUACUCUUUUGGCAUAACAGAAAAAAGAUACUUGAUGAGUGUGAUCCAGUUCGAGUUCAAAAUUGAUGAUAUCCCUGCAGAGAAAGCGUACAAAAUCUCCGCCAGUCUGAGUGUAUGUUUUGGAGUCGGACCCUGUGUCUUAGACUCCCUGGAGUUGCUGAAGGAUUUUAAACUUCCUAAAACUCUGUGUGAAUGGGGCACCGGCUUCGUGAUAGAUUUUUCUGGAAGCUCCUGGUUGUUGGACAAGGGUUUGAGCAUUGGUUCAGCACUCUCUACAGCAGAUGUCACUGACCUGUUAUCAACAUUAGGAGUGCAGGAUUUCCUUAAAACGGCUGAUCAAUGUGACAGGAUGAGUUCGUUGUACAAUCCUAAUAAUCAUGGAUGGAAAAAUGAGUGUCCGGCUGCUGCUGUUCCCGUGUCCUUACCCAGCUCCAUCUCGUGUCGGAUACCUCAGAUGUGUACAGGAAUUGACUGCUGUGCAGAGAUAGGAUUCCUGGCUGGUAGAACCCUCAAUGUACAGGUCCUGUUGGACCCUUGUGAAGCCAUAAUGAGUCUGAACAUAGAAAAGAUACAAUACAAUCUGACCCUCUUUGACUAUGACUUUGGAACAACAGAUCAUUUCACACUGCAGGGUGCCUUCAGAAUUGAUUUCAGCAUCCAGAAUUUGGUGAUGAAAAGGAAAUAUUUGCUGAACAUGAAUCUGAGUUUGUGUUUGGAAUCAUCUGACCCCACAGACUGUGUGUACUCGGUCGCCAUCUUCAGAAACACUCUGCUACCCAAGAAACCGUGCAGCAUGAACCUCGACUUUAUCAAUCCAAGUUUUGAUCUGACAUCGUGGCAGUCCCUGAAUAACUUUGGUCCGACCUUGACUCCUGAGGAGACUAAGUUCCUGUGGAGAGAGAUUGGUAUUGAGGAGUACAUAGGGACCAGUUGUUCCAAGUCGGCCCCACCAUACAGUCCACAGACACACCCAGGAUGCGCAAUGACGCCCCCGAAGCCGACAAGUGCCCUCGUGAACUGUUACAUCAGCUCUAACUGCACAGGAAUUUCCUGUUGCCUCAAUGACAGUGUGGCAGGAGUGGGUUACCAAUUCUCCAUUGAAAUCAGAACUUGUGAGGAAAAACUCAUCAUAACAUUGGAGAAAAUGACCUUCACAUUGUCUCUGUUUGAUUAUACCAUGGGCACAAGAGAGGUGGCUAGGUUGUUUGGUGUACUGGAGCUAGAAUACAUGAUUGAUGACCUGGCAUUGAGCGGUGAAUUUGUGGUGGAUUUGAGGAUUAAGUUGUGUUACACUAAGGGCAAACCUUGUGAAUACGACAUCGCGGUUCUGACGGGAUUAAGACUAGCCAAACCACUGUGUCAGUUGCAGACAGGACAAUUCCCUAUUCCAGGUUUCUCCCUCAGUAAAUGGAUGACAGAUAAAAUUGAGGGUCCAGUAUUACACCAGUGGGCCAUAGACCUGCUGAAAUCCGAACUGAAAUUAUCUACUUAUCUUAAUGAUCCAAUGUGUAAAAGGACAGACCUUUCUCCAGGAGCUGGCAACUGGAAUGUGGAAGAGUGUGCGGAGAGCGUAACAGUUCCAGCCCUGCCGGUUCACACAGCUUGUAAACUCUCUGCCUCGUGCUCCGCUGUGAAGUGUUGUACAGAUCUUGACCUGCUGAACACAGCAGUCCAAACGGAAGUCAAUGUGGACAGGUGCAGAGGAAAAGUGUUUAUCAGGGUGGAAAAAUGGGAAAUAGUGAUCCUGAUGACAGAAUUUGAGUUCUCGAAAUGGCACAGACAUUCAAUACAGAAUGUUUUCAGUGUAGAGUACAAGAUUGAUUACAUAACCUCUGAGAAGGCCUUCCUGUUCAGUGUGAACUUCAGCGCCUGCUUUGAGACUGGUGGAGAUUGUAUGUUAAACUUCCCAAUCAUGACCCACACUAAAAUUCCUUUGCUGGAUUGCAACUUUAUGAACCAAACCUUUGCUAUACCAGGGUUUGAUUUCAACAAAUUUUUGAGUAGCAAAGGCAUUUCAGCAUCAGUAACCACUCUACCACAGCUAUUGUCGGAGCAAUUACUGGAAACUCUUGGUGUGAAAGGAUUCUUCAGCGAUAAACCUUGUAACAGAACUGACUACGCUGCAACAUCUUCAGGAUUUGAAAUUGAUUCCAGCUGCACAGAGAACAUUUCUCCUUUCCUGUCACCUCUCGCCAGCGACACGAAUUGCCGAGUGUCGUCCUCCUGUACUGACAUUCAAUGUUGUACAGACAUGACAAUCAUUGGGAGGACCUUAGACUAUAGAAUCAGUGUGGAUGCUUGUUCACUCUCUCUAAAUGUUGAGAUUGAGAAGUUCAAGUUUCAGCUGUCCCUCAUCAAUUUCCAAUUUGGAAUAACACAGAAGUUCAGCAUAGACCACGUUUUCUCCAUAGAAUAUCUUAUAAAAGAUCUGAGUGGACAGAGACAGUACGUGAUAGAUGUUACACUGAUAGUAUGCUUCAGUGACUCCACGUCAUGUGUGAUCAGAAACAACAUAUUACAGAACUAUCUGGUAACCAAACCAGUGUGUGCAUGGUACACAGGAUUCACAAACCCAGGCUUCUCAUAUUCAUCCUGGUUGACAACACACAGUUUACCACCAUCUAGACCACUGAAUGUAGCGUAUCUGCCUAAACUACUGGAAGCUCUUGGCAUAUCUAAGUACAUGAAGACACCUUCCUGUGACAAAAACAAAGGAAUCUAUAGAAAUUCUUUCAAUGGGUGGAAUUCUGAUUGCCAUUCUGAUGGCAGCAUCAACAGACCCACGAUAGACAACAAUUUGGCCACUUGUUUUCUGUACCAGACUUGUACAGGAGUCCGUUGUUGUAUGAGUAUUCCUGACGUAGGCCUGUCUGUGGAAGCCUUUGUAGAAGUCAGUGCUUGUAACCAUCAACUCAGAGUGGGCAUUGAAAAUCUCAAGUUCAACAAAAGUCUCCAUAACUACAGAUUUGGAGAACUUGAGAAAUUUGAUUUAUUUGGGUUCAUUGAGAUUGAUUUUGUGAUAACGGACCUUACAUACAGUGGUGAAGGUGGAGAAUACCUUGUUAAUUUGAAUAUGAGUGCCUGUUUAGAGCCGGGGCAGCUCUGUCAUCCAGUGAUACCAGUCUUCAUCAAUACAGUGCUUCCAAAAGAAGUGUGCAACAGAAACCAAGACUUCAGAGACAAAGCAUUUUCUCUGAAGACUUGGAAAGCUGCACAUGGGCUAAAUCUUGGAUCCUCUAUGGAUACUCACCAUAUAAAACAACUGUUCCAGGAUCUUGGAGUGGGCCCCUACCUUCUGAAUCCACCCAACAUGUGCAACUGGAGUGAAUUCCCAUUCAAAGAUGCCAAUUCCACUGGAUGGAACCACUGUUGUGAAACAGAAACCAAGGGUUUAAGUCCAUUGGGGACACACACAAGAUGUGCAAUAUCUAGUUCGUGUAGUGAUAUCCAUUGCUGCUUGCACUCCGAUAUCCUGAAGACAAAUCUGGAUGCUUUCAUAAACAUUGAUGUGUGUAAUGGUAAAAUAUAUAUAGGGAUAGAAAAAUACCAGUGGAGCCACAGACUUCUGGGAUACAAAUUUGGAGAGAUGAAACAUGUGUCUUUGUUUGGCAUGAUUAAUAUGGACUACGUAAUAACAGACUUGGUAACUUCUUAUGGAUUAAGUCUGAACCUGAGUGUGUGCUUCGAGUCAUCAGGAGCAUGUGAACUCAGCAUAUAUGUUUUGAAAGAGAACAAACUCACCAAACCAUCUUGUAACUUGACAGAGGAUUUUGUUAUAAAAGAGUUCUCCUUGGAGAAUUGGUUGGAUCUUAAAGAUUACAAAACUGACUCCAGUCUGCCAUCCUAUGCUGUGUCCGAGUUGUUGCACGACCUUGAUAUCAUUCAGUAUCUGGGAGACUCUGUCUGCAACAGAAAUACUCUUCCUUUCCAUCCCAGUAAAAAUGGCUGGAACAAUGGCUGUGAUCAGUAUGUGCCUUUGAGUUCCAUCAACUCGAACACGACCUGCCACCUGUAUGAGUUCUGUACUGGAGUAAGAUGCUGCUCUGAUCUCCCAGUACUAGGAAGAUCGAUUAACUCCUGGAUAAUACUGGACCACUGUAACUACAAACUCAGUGUGGGAUUCGAGAAAUUCUCCUAUAAUAUUAGUCUUCACACAUUCCCAUUUGGAACAGAGCAAAUCAUCAGUGUUAAAGGAGUUGUUAGAAUGAGGUUUACCAUUGAGGAUCUCUCAAGUGAACAAAAAUUCCUGGUAAAUUUUAACCUUCAGAUUUGUUUUGAGUCAUCCAAAGAUUGUAUGGUUGAUGUUCCUGUGUUCACAAAUACAAAACUGCCAAAGAAACCUUGUGAUUGGACAACAGAUUUUCUGGAUGACAGAUUUUCCUACAAUACUUGGAGACUUGGGAAGAGAAUUUCCACUCCCGGUUUGUCUGAGAAUAACCUGGCUCAACUCAUGCAGGAUCUUGGUUUGUCCCAGUUUGUGUACAAAGGUGACAAAAGAUGUAGCAGUAUGAAGUCCCCAUUUAUUGGAGCAACAAACAGCUGGAUCAAUGACUGUAACGAGUCACUGGUCCAGCCCCUCCCGUCUCUGUCCAGUAAGCCUGUGGCUUGUCACAUCUCCAGCUCUUGUGCAGACAUUCAGUGCUGUGUGGAGGUCCCUGCCCUAAGUUCUUCCUUCUUCACCACUCUGAAAAUCGACCCCUGUGCAUUCCAAAUGGUUGUCAGCAUUGAUCAGCUGAGCUUCACCAAGAACUUGUUUGAUUAUGAAUGGGGACAAGAAGAGGAAGUGUGGCUCUUUGGGGUUGUCAGAAUCACGUUCCAGGCUUUUGAUAUGUAUACAGAUGGGUACUUCAUUAUAAACCUGAGACUGGAUGUGUGUUUAGAGGCUCUUCAGGUUCCUAAAUGCAAUGUCUCUGUAGAUGUACUGAAAAAUUACUAUCUUCCCAAGAAAGUUUGCAAAUGGGAUGCCCCAUUCAUAAUUCCAGGCUUUUCUUUGGACAACUGGCAAACAAAUGAAGGCGUGGCUCCCACAACACCCAUAGAGAGUGGAGCUGUGGAUAACCUGCUAUCUCAUCUCAGUGUGGCUGCCUUCAUGCUGUAUCCGACGUGUUCCUCAAGUGAUUCUGUCUACACCGGCGCCCCAGAAAAAUGGCUGAAAUAUUGUCCUCUGAAUAUCCAGAGAUCCUUAGAAGUUGUGAAAGAUAAGGCAUUCUGUACAGUAUCAACAACAUGUACGAACAUUAAAUGCUGUAUCAAUGUACCACUGUUGAACAGAACUUUUGAAGUUGGAGUCAGCAUUGACUAUUCGUAUGAAAAGAUAAUGGUGCAUAUUGAAAAGAUGUAUCGUAAACAUUCCUUCAUUGGAUUUGAGUUUGGGGAAGAGCACCUGCUAAGUGUAGCAGGAGUUUUUAAAUUCAGGUAUAUUAUAAAUGACCUAUCUGAUGGAAAUAUGCUGGAGCUUUCAAUGUCAGCGGAGGCUUGUUUUGAUGAUGUUAAGCCUUGUGUAUUGAGUGUCCCUAUUCUCAGUGAUAUCCUGAUACCAAAGUCUCAGAGAACAUGGGACAUGCUAUAUUCAAUUAAGGAUUUCUCAAUAAGCCAGUGGUUGAGUGAGAAAUCGGUACCAGAAGGAGAAGUUCUGCCAGAACACCUGUCUGAUGAACUACUGGAAAGCCUUUCUCUCCGACCCUAUCUCAAAUCGGAUUCAAGAUGUAGUGGAAUCAAAUCCUCAUCCAGUGGAACAGGUUGGAACAAUGAAUGUAUAGAUAAAACGAGUAUGCCUUCCCUGACCUCCUACCCUUUGACCUGCGAAUUUGACAGAAACUGUAACAAAGUCACUUGUUGUGUGGAGUCUGAGUUAACAAAUUCUACAUUUGAGGCCACCAUGGACAUUAAUCCUUGUACCAAAACACUUCAUUUAGCAGUGGAAAAUCUGGAAGCCAAAAUUCCAUUCUCAGAAAUUGCAUGGGGAGAAGAACAACGGUAUUAUCUGUUAGGAGUUAUUCGAAUGGAUUACAAAGUGUACGAUCUUUCUGCUGAGAAUAUGUUUCUUGUGGACCUUAAAGUCUCAUUGUGUUGGGAAAGGUACAAACCUUGCAGAUUUAUAGCCAAUGUUUUCAAGAACUUGAUGCUUCCAAAAAGAAGCUGCACUGGAAUGCUGGACUAUGAAAAAUCGGGUUUUUCACUGUCAAACUACAGCAUUGGGUACAGUUUAGAUCUGAACAAUGUCACUGAGCGGGAACUGGUUUAUUUAUAUGACUAUACCGGGAUCUCCAAUUACAUCCUAAGUCCUUCAUGUAACAGAUCAGACAGCAAAUUCCUGCCUACUGUCAACGGAUGGAAAAAUGAGUGUCCAUCCACAAUCACCCCAGGACUGCCUUCAUUGCCUACAUUUGUGAACUGUCACAUGACAUCUAGUUGCACCAGUUUUAGCUGUUGUGUAGACGUCAUCAGACUAAAUUCUCAAUCAGUUCAGUUUUACCUGACAAUGGAUUCUUGUGAAUGGAUAAUACAGUAUGGAAUUGAUAAAUUUGCUGUUAAUCCAACAGCUUUUGAUGAAUUCAAAUUCAGCGUGUGGCAGGACUACUGGAUGAAGGGAAUAUAUCGACUCAGGUUUAGGAUAACAGACCUUCAUGGAGCAGGGUUCUUCAGAGUCAGUUUGAAGUUUAUGAUCUGCUCAGAAGAUAGGCUGCCUUGUGAACAAGAAAUCAUUGUAUUAAACAACUCACUUUUACCCAAGUCAUCCUGUGAUUGGAAUUUAGGAACGCCCAUCAAAGAUUUUGCAUUCAGCUCAUGGAAGACACAAAAUAAAUACACAGCAAUGGAAAAUCACGGUAUUGCAAGACUGGAAGAAGAACUGGGGAUGCACAGUUACCUGUAUAACUCCUCCCAAGUUUGUGACAGGACAUCAGGAAUAUUUACCUCCUCGUCAAAUGGAUGGACAAACGAUUGCCCGAUGGUCCUACCAGAUAAUGUACCUGUUGUGAAGGGAGCAAUCAGCUGUAACCUUGGCGCCUCUUGUUCAGACGUGGUGUGUUGUUUGUAUGCUGAACCACUGCUGAAACACGUAACUGUCCACCUCAGACUCGAUUACUGUCAGGACAGAAUCAGCAUCGGGAUAGACAAGUUCAACCGAGAAAUACGACCAAGUUCAUACCGUAACUGGGGUAAAGAGGAAAUCUUAAUCCUGAGUGAAAUUUAUCACUUAAAAUACACUCUGGAAGACUUGCCUAAUGCUAACAUGUACCUGGUCAGUUUCUCCAUUUCCUCUUGCUGGGAAGGUACUUCUACCUGUGAGGAAUAUACUGUCCUCUCUAACACAAGGUUACCAAAGUCCAAAACACAGCCCUAUUGUAACUGGAAAGCAGAGGAGGCUGUUCCAGGCUUCUCAGUCAGUCCUUGGUUGGCUAUCAAUGGAUACCCUACAAACACUCCACUGACAGGAAACGCAUUGCAGGAUUUAAUGGAAGUCUUACAACUGUCCAGGUUUAAGGAGAAGGACUGCAACAAAUCUGAAGCGCCAUUUUUGUCUGUGAACAGCAAUGGCUGGAAUUCAGAGUGUCCAGACAAUCUGACAUUAGCCAGCCUCCCGAAUACCUUUGCCUGCCACAUUCCCCGUUACUGUACAGGUGUAGAGUGCUGUAUACCAAGUUCUGUUUUAGGAAGAGCUUUCCACACAUACCUGAAAAUUGACCCAUGUACAUCAAAGAUGGUUGUUGGGAUUGAUAGAUGGAAAUUUACAGAGAUCUCUUUGGAAAUUGACAAACUUUUGUCCACAUCCAUGGCAAAGAGUGUAUGGUUACAAGGAGUUGUUCGCAUGGAUUUUCACAUAAAGAAUCUGUGGCAUGCAAACCAGUAUUUGAUGAACAUGAACAUAAGUGUAUGUACUGAGAGCUCAGAGAUAUGUGAAACUGCCAACCAAACAAUAUUCAGUAAUGCCUUGUUGUCCAAAAAUAAAUGCCAGUUUGAUCAGCAGCUACCACCAGGGUUUUCACUUGCAUCAUGGAAGAUAAACAAUAGUAUUGAAGCUGAUGGCAGGUUACCAGAUUAUCUUAAAGGCAAAGUGGAUGACUACUUGGGAUUGCCUGGAUAUCGAAAGUCAUCAAAAUGUAACAGACAUGUUUCACCAUAUUGGCCAACCUAUAAUGGCUGGAAUCAUGACAGUGAAUGCAGAAUAUCAGGACUUCCUUACAACAUGAAGAAAAAGACUUACUGUUUUGUGGGUGCCAGUUGUACGUCUAUGACGUGCUGUACUGAGGAUACAGAAAUGGAUACAACAUUCACGUGGUUUCUAGAUGUAGAUUCAUGUAAUCUAAAGUUCACUGUGGGCAUAGAAAACAAAAAAGAGGAAACACUUCUUCAGGACUUCAACUUCGGUGAUUGGAGGCAAUUCAGUCUUCAAGGAGUAUAUAGGAUAAGCUACCUCAUCUUUGACUUGGUCAGCGAUUCACACUACAUGAUGAGUGUUAAUAUCAGUGUGUGUUAUGAACCGGAAAACUGCACCCUAACAGAAAGCAUUGUUACAAACAUGAUGUUUCCAAAGCCUAUCUGUGAUUUUAAGAGCAAAGAUUUUUUCCUCCCUGGUUUCUCCAUUACUAACUGGUUGGCUGAGCACACUUUCACAUCACUGUCCACUUUACCUGUUUAUGGUCAGUUAGAACUACAGGAAGAUCUGGGGCUGGCUCAGUACCUGAAAAACAAGCAAUGUACAGAAACAGAUGACAGAUACAUUGGUCAAACAAAUGGAUGGAGAAAAGAUUGUCCACUUCCCGUGGUAACUAGCUCCCUGCCAACAGGUGCCCUGUGUCAGAUACCCUCCACAUGCACAUCUGUCCAAUGCUGCAUAACUACACAUUCACCUCUGGAAAGGUCAUUCAGCGUGUUUCUGGAUCUGGAUCCAUGCAAUCACAGGAUUUCACUUGGCAUUGAAAACUUUGUUCAGGAAAUCUCUCUUUAUGAUUUUACAUAUGGGAAAGAACACAAUUUCUUCCUGAACAAUGUGGUCCGCAUGCAGUAUAAAGUUUAUGACCUGAAAGCUGACAGGAAAUAUCAGGUGACUCUUAACAUCAGUCUGUGUUUGGAAUCUUCUGGAUCUUGUGUACUGGAUGCUUUGGUGUUUGAGAAUGCACUGCUGCCAAAGAAACCUUGCAGUCUGAACACUGGAUUUAUACACAGGAACUUUUCACUGUCUGCUUGGAAAGCAGAAAACCAAAUAACAGCAUCAAGUAUGAAAACCUCAGAAAUUGCCUUGCUUCAAGAAGCACUUGGAAUCUCUGAAUAUCUAAAAGAUCCCUGUUCCAGGCAAGCAGGCAAUUAUUUCCCACACAGAAAUUAUUGGAAGGAUGAAUGUAGGAAGGUGUCUGGGAUCAGUCAGUUUACAGAAUCGGACCACAUCAACUGCUAUCUGUCAGAGUCCUGUACCACGGUGUCGUGCUGUGUAGAGGACAAUGUACUGAGGAGAAACAUAGAGGCCACAGUCAGCAUUGACCCAUGUAAAUUCAGUAUGAAACUGGAGAUUGAGAAACUGCAGUUUAAUAUCAGUCUGCUCAACUUCAAGUGGGGUGAAACUGUGAAGAUGGACUUGUAUGGAAUCUACAAGUUGAGCUUUGUUAUGGACAAUUUUUACAAUGAACGGAAAUAUGUGAUGAACAUGAACAUCAGCCAGUGUUAUGAAUCCAGUGGAAUCUGUUCGCUGCACCACAUUCUAUUCAAAGAUUCCUUGAUACCUAAAGGUGUAUGUGAUUGGUCCAUGGAUUACAGUAUCAAAGGGUUUUCACUAUACUCAUGGAAAGUGGACAGACACAUUUCACCGUCUGGAAGCAUUCCAGAUGAACACCUGCUGCAGCUUCUGGAUGAAACUGGUUUGGCUCCCCUUACAAGAAAUCCUAUGUGUGAUGCAUCUACAGGUGUUUAUAGCACUGCUGUAAAUGGAUGGACAAGUGGUUGUGGAAUGAACAUAAGUUUACCUUCAUUGAGCUCUGGACUCAAAUGUCACCUGCAUCCUACGUGUGCUGGGGUUCAGUGCUGUGUUAGUUCCCCUGAACUGAGGAGAAACUAUGAAGUAUAUUUCAGCAUCGACCACUGUUCCUAUAGUCUUAAUAUUCAGAUUGAGAAGGUGUUCCAUAACAAAACUUUACAUGACUUACAAUGGGGAGUGUCUGAGGAAUUCAGUGUACUUGGGAUAUUUAGAGUACGAUACACCAUUGAAGACCUGUCUGAGGAAAACUCAUACUUGGUGUCACUUGAAGCGAUGGAUUGCUAUGAAACAAGACCACCUCAGUGUGACACUGGUACAACAUUCAAGAUUUUAGACAGGGCAAUAUUUCCAAAAGGACUGUGUUCAUGGGAUCAGAGCUUUGUGGAACCAAAUUUCUCUCUGAAUACCUGGCUAAUAAAUAACGGCUUAGUAAAUGUGUCAGAGUUGAUGAAAACAGACUACAAAGUGUCUCAGCUGAUGGAUGAGCUGGCCAUCUCGCAAUAUCUAGAGGCCCAAUCUUGUAGCUCUUCAAACUUUGCAGCUGAUGGAUGGACAUCAUCUUGUAUGAAGACCGUGAUGAAACCCAACAUAUCUGGAGCAGUAUGUCACCUUAAAGAGGAUUGUACGUCAGUAGGAUGUUGUGUAGCGGCUGAGUACCUGACACGGAAUAUUGAGAUCCAACUAAACAUUGACCCCUGCAGCUCAGAACUCCAAGUUGGCAUAGAAAAAUUCAGCAGGAAUAUUUCUUUAACUCGAUACAAAUGGGGUCAGAUAGAAAGACAUUGGUUAGCUGGAGUAGUAAGAUUAGAUUUUACGAUUGAUGAUUUCCGUGGAGAAAGACGAUUUCUUGUCAACCUGAACAUCAGUCUCUGCUUCGAAGCACAUGGAGACUGUUUUAGAAGGAUAUCCAUAUUCAAAGACACAAUUCUGCCAAAACGAAGAUGCCCAUGGGACACUAACAUUGGUUUUUCAUUAUCAAAAUGGAAGAGAGAUGAAAAAGUUCCCAUGGGGGUUCGGUUUCCCGACUGGGCAAAAUACCUGCUGCUGGAGUACUUAGACAUAUCACAAUACAUGAAUCCUAUUGCAUGUGAGAGAGGGGUUGGCAUAUUUUAUGAUCCAAGUUUAAACCAAAACUCAACCAAUUCCACCGAUGGAAGACAGAAUGAUACACUGAGCUCAGUAUACUCAUCACAAAUGUGUCAGCUGGGUGUGGAUCUAGUGAAUAAGUCCUUGGAUGCCAGAUCUGCCACCCUGGUGUCCUGCUAUCUUCCACGACUUUGUACUGGGUUUCACUGCUGUGUAAAUGUUCCAGACCUGAACAUGUCCUUCAAUGCUUAUCUCUCAGUGGACCCCUGCAACUACAUGUUUACUGUGGGCAUUGAGAAGUUCACAUUUAACAAAUCGCUGGAUCACUAUACAUUUGGACAAGAUGGUGCAUUCUCUCUGGCUGGGAUUCUGAAAAUCAUAUACAAUGUUAGAGAUCUUCCUGAGGAGAAAGCGUAUCUUGCCACAGUAAAGCUAAGUGUCUGCACAGAGAGCUCCUCAUGUGAAGCCAACCACACAAUAUUCAACAAUGUACUGCUUCCUAAACAGCCAUGUGACUGGAAUGAAGGCUUCGUUAACUCUAACUUCUCGGGCUCGGCUUGGAUGGCCAACAAUGGUUACGCUCCUCCACUAACUAAAUACCAGUCAGCAAAACUGAUGAGGGAGGUGAAAGCUUCUCACUACAUAAUGGAGGAGUCUUGUUCAGCCACAGAUGAGAUAUAUUCACAACUGAAGGAUGGUUGGAAUAGUUUGUGCCCCGGUGAUAUCCAUCUGAACAACUUGACCUCUGAACCUGUUUCCUGUUACUUGGAUUAUUCGUGCAGUCUCCUCAACUGCUGUGUCAGUGUGGAGACGAUUGGGAGGUCCCUGAAUAUCCAGAUUAAACUUGAUCCAUGUUCCCAGAAAAUGACAGUUCAUUUAGAAAGAAUCAGUAUAGAAGUUGAUCUACUCUCCUUCGACUACGGCAAGAUCCAUAAAUUUAGUCUUGUUGGCAUGCUGAGAGUAGAUUUGGAACUCCAUGAUCUUCCAUACCAGAAGAAAUAUCUAAUGAAUUUGGAAGUCGGUGUGUGCCUUGAAAGCAGGGGUGAAUGUGAGAUCAUGGUUCCUGUGUUAGAACAUGCAGCUCUGCCAAAAACCGACUGUGAUUGGUCGCAGGGUCUGCAAGGAUUUUCCCUGAAGAAUUGGCUUGAACCUAAGGGAAUCAAUGGAUCAACUAGCCCCUUGCCACCAUACAUUGAGCACCUGCUGCUGGAAGAGCAUGGAAUCGCAAACAUGUUAAAUGAUGUACCAUGUAAUCGAUCUGAUUCUUUCUACAAUGGAACCCUACCAAUAAAUGGAUGGAUCAAAGACUGUGCCCAAAGUCCAUACUUGCCUGCCCUACCGGACGGAAUAUCCUGUAACAAUCCUGUGGCCUGUAGUGCCGUAUCUUGCUGUAUGGAGAUCACAAAACUGAACAACAAAGCCAUUGAAGUGACACUGGAAUUCGAUGAGUGCUCCAAUUUCUUGAAAAUGACUGUCGAGAGAAUGCCAAUGACCAGAUAUCUGCACAACUUCAUAUAUGGUAGAGAAGAGCGAUUUUCUCUGAAGGGUGUGUUCGAGGUCGUGUAUAAAAUCACUCGCGAUUCACGGAACAGGCUCUAUCUCUUUGACCUCAAAGUGUCGGCAUGUUAUGAACCGAUGGAAUGUGACCAAAGUUUCACAGUUUUCAAUCAAACAGCCUUUUCAAUGAAGAACUGCAACUAUGAAAAGGACUAUUUAAACUCAAACUUCUCACUAACACACUGGAUGGCAUCGCAUUCCAUCGACAGAGUAGAAAACAUCAAACCGUCACAAGCCAGUGAGCUGUUGCUGGAGCUGGGACUGGACCACUUCUUGUCAACACCAGAAAAAUGUACAUUGUCAGAUAGUGUAUACGGAUCUGCUGGUACAAAUGGAUGGAACAGUGAGUGCAUGAUGUUUCCCAACAACACUCUUACAAACAUCACCGACACAAACACCGCCCGCUGUCAUGUGCCUGCAUCCUGUGAUAGGGUCAUGUGUUGUGUGUACGUACAGCCCGUCCAGACACACGCUCAGGUGGAACUUUUUCUGGAUACGUGUAGCUAUGAGAUGGAGGCAGUCAUUGACAAUCUGAAAGUCCCAUACAGCAUUUUCAAUCGGAAUUGGGGUAAAAAAGAUGAAAUCGGCAUCCAUGGUAUAGUCAAGUGGGGUUACCAUGUGACUCCUGUGGGACCAAUGAAGAAGUUCAGGGUGGAUGGAGAAGUAAGGCAGUGUUAUGAGAGAGGACUGUGUAACACCAGUCUGAGUUUUAAAGACCUCCCCCUCCACUACCGAACAUGUAAUGCUACUGAUGGAGAUGUGCCAUUCCAAGGUGUGAGCUAUGACUUUUGGAAAGAAACACAGUGUGCUGCACUUACAUUUGAUGUAAAUGCGUGUGCACCAAGAACAAUAGAAUCUGUAGCUGUUGAUGGUCGCAAACACUGUAAACACCUCCCGGACUGCAGCGGAAUAGAAUGCUGCUUUGACAAUGCUUUCUAUCUGGGAAAUAGAUCCAUUUACUUCAUGCUGAAAAUGGAUUGCACAAAUCUAGAAUUCCAAAUAGAAUCAAAGAAAAUUGUCAAAUCGUUAGCAACGCUGACUGACGAUGUUGAAAAUGUAGAGAUUGUUGGGAAUCCUCCAAGUUUUCAGUUUAAUUACACUGUGAAAAAUAAUGUCCAAAGUUACAGUAUAACUGCCAAAUUAAUGGUAGGGGGCAUUAUAACUGACCCUGCGGGUAUGGUGAUUUAUAACUUGUUGGAUCGCAUCAACUCCAGAAUAUACAAACCACCCACUUGUCCAAGUACGACAUCACGACGAAGACGAAAGAAGAGGAUGAUAGACGUCAAUAAACUUGAUCCAGCAAAAUUUACAGAGGGUCUGAGGACACUGAUGGCAAUGAAAGCCUCCAAUGACCAGAUUGAAAGAUUCACCAAGAUGGUACAGAGCCAUAAUGAAGAAUUAAAACUGAAGAAUUUGGCUGGUGCAGUCCUUGGUAACAAUGAUGUAAAAACAGGCAUGAAAUCUGCUCUCAAAGCAUUAGGAUCCAACAACCCAUUCACCAUACAGACUUCUGGGGAAGUCUCUACUACAGUGGCAGUGCAAGGAGGUGAUGCCAUAGGAGACAUGUUGGGCACUGCAGUGUCAAACAUUGCUGGCCGUGCCAAGCAAGCCUUUGUUGUUGGUAACGGUCUUUCACAAGAAGGAACUAGGUUGCUUGGAAAGAAACUAGCGUGCAUGACCAUAGGUGAUCUGGAAGCAUUGCUAGAUUUAAAAAACAUUGACCCAGUCAAAGUUGCUGAACUUAUGAAAAAUAUUGGGGAUUUAGCAAAAGCUUUGUAUUCUGAAUUCCUGGAUAGUGUGCUGACCAAGGGCGCCAACAUAUUCAAGAGUUUUGAUUUUAAAUUGGAAGGGGAUUUCAGCUUUCCACGACAUACAAUUAACUUCUUUCAUUUUGAAAAGUUUUUCCUCAUUGGUGGACUGGUGCCCAUGACCUUUGGAUUUGGUUCUGAUGCAUACUUUGGUGUAAGAUUUACGGUUGGUGCCAAAAUUAUGGAAAUGAAAGGAUAUGUCAAAGUUGAGCCCUAUGGUGGGGUGUCUGCUUAUGGCGAGAUGGGCAUAGGUUUCAUUUUGUAUGGUAAAUUGAAACUUGUUGGUCAGAUCAUGGACACAGGAUUUCCAACUACUGCUGAAAUCACAUUCAGCAAAUUUCCAUUGGACGUAAAUCUUCAAAUGUAUCUGAGACUUACCCCAAUCAAACUGGCAUUGUACGCACAAGUCACCUUAGAAGUUGACCUUCUGUUUGUAACCAUAAAGAAAGUGCUGUUUGAAAAGAAGAUCUGGCAAUAUUCAACUCCAACCAUAAAGAAGAAGCUGAUUGAUACCCACAAGCCUGAAGAAGAUAAAACACCACCGCAUAUUACAUCGACUGGUGGUCAGCCUCCUGGAGUGGGGGGAGCCUGUGAGAUUGUCCAGUCUCCUGGUCGUGACUAUACUGAACCGGAGUUCAGACUGAGGCUGGAUGCAGAAGAUGACCGGAGUAAUGUGAUCCUGACUCUGAAUGUGGGCACUGUACCUGGAGGAGGAGAUGUGAUCAAAGGAAAGGAAUUGGGAGGAUUUUCCACAGCCUUGACAGAGAUUCUCAAACCUUCUGGAGUGCCUCUGUACUUUACUGUGAAUGUGGCCAAUGAAGCUGGUGUGAGUGUCCCAGCUACCUGUAAGUUGGAGACGUUCGACAUGACCAUUCCCGGAGGAAGAAUGUCAGAGGCUUUCAGAUCGACCAGUAACCCCAGGGUGAUGAAGGGACUGGUCACAGUGUACGAGGACUCCCCCAUAGAGGAGGUUAUGGUAGCCAUAGGGUACGGCAAAAACAUAUGGGGAGAACAGAUAGUCCGGUGGAACAAAACCAGUAUAGCUGCAAAUUCUGUCAACUAUGAUGUUGGUGAUGACCCACUGAAUGUGAAAGUAAUGAGUGUAUUCUCAUCUGGAAAGUCUGGUCGUCUGACGGGCAGAGGAAUUGUGUUUCAAGAAUACAAAGAAAUAUCCACACCUGGACAGUGUGCUUCGUACUGCAAUAAAAUGCAUGUUACAAAGUGUCUUAGCUUCAAUUAUGACUUUGGAAGUGGUGACUGUGAGUUACUGGAGGCAAUCGAAGGACACGAUUUCAAGUUAUCAAAGGAUGGACAUUACACACACUAUGAAAAAUUAGGAAUUGGAUCAAACAGAGAAUUUGAGUUCAACAAACUACAGUUGCUGCAUGAUAAGAUUUUCUACAUCAAUGUCAAAGUGCGAAACUCUCUAGGAUUCGUUAAUAUUCUGUCAUCAGACACCAUCAUCACUGAUUUCACACCUCCUGAUCCUACGAUACACCAGAUAAACAUUACAAGUGAUAUACUAGAGGUGUCAAAUUGUCUGGACAUCAUUCCCAAUGACAGGAGAGACUGGGAGAGACUGUGUGUGGGAAUAGAUCCCUCCAGAAAGAAUCACCGCAUCAUCAGAGAUGGAGAGGGGUCAGAAACCGUGUACAAUGGCCAUGAAUUCAAGACAGACCUCAAGUAUACCAGGGCCAACAGAUAUAUUUCUGCUAACUGGGAUGGUAUUUAUGACAAUGAGACAGGAUUGCUUGGUUAUUCUGUAACUGCUGGAGAGAAAAUAUGUGAGGAAAAAAUCAAGGCCCACCAUGAUCCUCAUGCCCACCUGUUUGAUGAGUCGCAGUGGACAAACAGCGUGAUGAUGACCCCGCUGGAGGCCCCCUACACUGUCUUACCAGAUGGUCCUUAUUUCAUCACUGUAAGAGCCAUCAACAAAGUGGAAUAUGGAGGACCCCUGGCCACCAGUUUUUGCCACUCCACUCCAUACAUUGUUGAUAACACUCCUCCCUUUGUGUAUGAAAUCUAUAACAUACGAUAUGAGGAGGACCAGUUUAAUCUGAGCAUGUCACAUAACUCAUCGGAUCCAGAUUCUGGACUGAUAAGAAAUGAUCUCUGCCUGGGGAGAACAAGAAGAGAUUGCGAUGAAAUGAUGUGGAAAACCAUCGACUUCAAUCCCAAUGUUACCAUGUUAAAGAAACUGACUGAGGGAGUGCCUGUCUGGAUCAAAAUCAAAGCUGUUAACAAUGUUGACCUGAGGACAAUAGGAAUAUCUGAUUCCCCCAUCAUUGUAGACAGAUCUCCCCCUGUAGCUGGCAAAGUCAAUGAUGGAGAGAUUUAUAAAGUAGAUCUACAAUAUACGAUGUACCCAGACAAGAUUUGCAGUAACUGGGUGUCUUUCUAUGAUCCUCAGUCUGGAAUUGAUAUGUAUAUGGUCAGUGUGGGUUCAUCUCCAAACACAACUGAUGUGGCCAACCUGACCCAGUUCUCCAGUAAAACUCACCAUGCAUGUGUAGAACUGGAACCAGACAAAUACCUAGAGCACAAUCAAAAGUACUUCUCGAAAGUGUAUGCUUUCAAUGGUGCUCACAAACAACUCAAUGUCUCCAAGGUCUCAGACGGAGUGUUGGUGGAUUUGAGUAAGCCAGUGGCAGGAGAAGUGGUGGAUGGGUCCGCUAAAGACUUUACAGAUCUACAGUUCACAACUAGCCAGGCGAAAGUGGAACUUCAGUGGAGAGACUUCUAUGAUCCAGAGUCAAACAUCAGUCAUUAUGAUGUCAGAGUUGACAGGGCCAAAAACAUGACCCACAAUUUUGAAACCAUCCAAAACUGGGUACCUUUCCCUAGCACAGUCAGCAUUGUGAAAUGGUUGAAGUUCCACCACAGUCAUGGUGACAGAAUCAAGACUUCUCUGAGAACCACCAACAAGGCUCUUAACGCCAUUGUCAACACUACCAACAGUUUUAUUGUAGAUGUCACCCCUCCUUAUCUCCAUCAUCUGCGGGAUGGUCUCCAGUCUAAAGAUCAGGAAUACCAAUCUAUAACAGAUCAAUUGUCAGUCAGCUUCAAAUACACAGACAAAGAAUCUGGUGUCGAUCACAUCAAAGUCCAGAUCUAUGAAGUUGCUGGGGGUACAAGAACACAGAAAUAUCCAGCGAUUAAAAAUGAUUGGAAAAACUUGACUGGCAGUUCUUUGACUAGCUACACAUGGACAGGACUCUCUCUAAAGGAGGGUGCCAGAUACAGCUACAGAGUGGGAGCCAUCAACCAUGCUGGGUUCCUAGCCGCAUUUGAAACAAAUGGAGUAGUUAUUGACACUUCGCCUCCCAUGGUGAUGUGGUUAAGGGUUGGAGUGAUAGGGACCUCUAAAGAACACCGAGUGGAUGGUUUUGUGUGGAUGUCGGAUAAGAAGGGUAUCCAGGCCUCCUGGCUCUGUUGGGAUCACGAGUCAGGCAUCACAGAUUACACCGUGGCUGUAGGCACAUCUCCAGGAGCGGAUGAUGUGUUUACAUGGCAGUCGGUUGGAGUGGAGAGCAGUCAGUACAUCACUGGAUUUACCUUAGAAGUCACCAACCAAACAACAAAAACUCCAACAUAUUAUCUGUCAUUGAAAGCUCAAAAUGGAGCAGGUCUUGUCAGUCCAACCCCCACUAUCUCCACACCUAUAAUGGUCAUGGAAGAAGAUAAAGCUGGUUUGGUUGUGGAUGGUGCAGACAACAUUGAUAAGGUUGUGGGUGAGAUGGCCACUGUGAACUAUAUGUCAGACACUGACUACCAGCUAGACACUGCCACCGUCACUCUGCAGUUCACUGGCUUUGAGAGCACCAUGCAUGGAGUGAUGCAGUUUGAGAUGGCCGUGGGUACAGAACCUAACGGUGAAGAUGUCCUGGCAUUCACAGACGCAAACAUUAUUCAUCUAGAGGAAUUGGAUCCUGUUGGAAGAGGAUUAACAAGUUCUGGAUAUGGUCAGAUUAAUUUGCCCCUAAAAGCAGAAAGAACAUACUACACCACAGUGCGGGGAAUCACAAACGAUGGGAAUGUACUACAAACAAGUUCUGAUGGAUUUACCGUGGACCAGACAGCCCCCACUAUUGACAUAGACAGAUUGUCUGGGAAGUCAUCUAAUGAAAUGGAUAUAUCGGAUGACAGUUUGGUGUACGAAUCAACAGAUGAUGCUCUCUCAGCCAUGUGGCAUUACAACGACACAGAAUCUGAGGUGGUUAGAGCGUGGUAUGCCGUCGGGACUUACCCAUUCUCGGAUAAUCUAAGUGACAGAAAAGAGGUGGAAAUAUCAACCACCUUAUCCAGUUACCUUGGAAACAAUGAAGUUGAACCAGAUGUUUUGGGUAAACCCAACAUCAUAAGUGUAUGGGCAGAAAACUCUGUAGGAUUGGUGACCCAGAAAGCAACAGGAACGGUUGUCAUUGAUAAAACGCCACCCAAGGCUGGCAAUGUAUCCUGUCCUGCUUACAUUCAGCAAUCAGUCCCCAUAAUAUGUACAUGGACCGGGUUUGUGGACACAGAAUCUCCCAUCAAGGAAUUUCACAUCAUGAUGGGCACCUCAAAGGGAGAUGACUCAGUUUUCUCUGGUGGGGUUGUUCCAGGCAAUAUACAAUCAUUUACACUGCAAGAUGCUUGGAAGAAGAUGCAUCAUGGAGAGGAGUACUUUGUCACCGUUACAGCUAUUAACAGUGUCUAUAUGACCAGCAACGCCUUCUCUGAUGCAGUGGGGGUGGACCUCACACCGCCACAGGCAGGCACGGUAGUGGACCUUAACUCUGUCUACAGAAUCGAUGCGUCCAGUACUGACAACACUGUGUCCAUGAAUGCAAAAAUCUGUCUGACAGAGGAAGAAUGCCGAGCCCUGGAUGCCAUCUGUACAGAGUCCCUAACCUCCCUGUCUGUAACAUGGAUACCAUUUACUGACCCAGAGUCCAAAAUUGUUGAGUACCAGAUUGCAGUGGGAACAUCCCCAGGAGGAGGUCAGAUCAAAGCUUUCUACAGCAUUCCAGCCAACAGUAAACACCACACAGUAACAGAACUCAACCUGGAUGGAUACAGACAGGUGUUUGUGUCUGUGAAAGGAAUCAAUGGUGCAGGGUUAUCGAGUCACUCCACAUCAAAUGGUAUCUACAUAUCCUACCUCAGUCAAGGGAGACCACCCCUGUCACACAUUGGCGUCAUAGACAUGGUGAAUGGAGAACAAAUAGAUGUAGAUUACCAGACGGACCCCGCAACAAUGCAGGCUAGCUGGGAUGUAUCCGGUGACCCCUGUCCCACUGUGAAGUAUGAAUGGGCAAUCCGCAGGCUUGAUGGACUGGAGAUCUCCAGCUAUUUAGAUAUGGGAUUGAAAACAUCUGGUCUAAUUGAUGGACUUCAGAUGAAGAAUAAAGAGACCUACAUCAAUUUGGUUCGAAUUACAAAUGCAAUAGGAUACCAAUAUGUACUUCGAUCCACUGGAGUAACUAUUGAGGACACCCCACUCCUGCCUGGUAAAGUCUAUGAUGGAGACAUUGAAGGAUAUGACCUUAACUAUUUGCCUUCUAAAACCAGAGUGUAUGCUAACUGGAAUGGAUUUGGUCUGCCACCUAAUGCCAUUGUGCAAGUGGAUGUAGAGAGUGGUAACCCAGGACUUCAGGUAGACCAGGGUCAAGUAGCGGCUCAGGACAGAAGUCAGCAGGUGGCCUACUACACAGUUGCCAUUGGAACAGACAGGCGCUUUAAUAAAACGCGAGACAAUGUGGUGCCCUACACCAAUGUGGGAACAAAUACCUCGGUGACGUUUUACGAUUUGGAUCUCACCCCUGGUAAUGCCGUCUAUUAUUUCUCCGUGUAUGCGGUCAGUAAAUCGUUCUCUAAGACGCUGGUCACGUCCAAUGGAUUCUCCGUGGGAUACGAUGGAGGAGUCACAGUGGGCAACAUCACGAGUCCGGGACCGUGUGUGGACUCCCUGUCUGAAUUAGAAGUACAGUAUGAAGGAUUCACUUCCAGACUGGAUAUCCUGAUGUAUUACAUUGCCAUCUCCAAUAACACAAAAGCUAAUCACACCAGCUGCAAAAAAUAUAUCUCUGGUGGUGCUAUGUCUGAUGAUGAGAGGAAAAACGUGUUUUCUGUCCUGGACGUGUCUAACCAAGGCAAAAAUACCUACACAAAACUGACAGGGCUAACCUUCCAGCAAGGAGAAACAUACUUUGUUUGGGUGAUAGGAGCAGACAAAUCUGGAGAGUGUGCAAUGACUUACACGGAAUUUCUGGUGGACGUUAGUGAACCAAAGCAAGGCCGUAUUAAAACUGGACCAUGGUACAAUAUGCCUGUUGCCUACUCCACGGACAACAGCAGCGUCAAUGUGUCUUGGGAAGGUUUCACAGACCCCGAGUCUGGCAUCGCUACCUAUGAACUGUCCCUGUGGAGAAAUACAUCCUGUCGGAAGACGAGUGAAGCAUCAUUAGUAAACGACUGGAUUAAACUAUCCAACAACUACUCCAUGUAUCAAUUUGUGGAUCAAAUAUUACAGAAAAAUGUCCCAUACUACGUUAAGAUGAGGGUGACAAAUUGUGCUGGAAUGUCCGUGACUACUGACUCUGUACCUUUCUUGAUUGACGAUACUAAACCUGUCCCUGGCGUGGUGAUAGAUGGUAUUGAUUUUCAACAGGAUGUGUUGUGGUUUGGUGAUCCAAAUCAGGUUCAAGGUACAUUUUUACACUUUCCAAAUCCAACUCUGCAGUCAGACUCCUGUCCAAAUCAGAAAAUUUCCAUCAAAGAUCAUCAGUGGAAAAUGCUGAACAGGCUAGGGAUGUUGGACUCUGAGGGGGAAUUCUGGAAAGUCAAAUAUGAUGAGAAAUAUGUCUUACCAGCUGCAGUCGAAGACUAUGUAGAUGUAAAACUUGUCUUGACUAAAGAUGCAACAGACCAUGAUAUCAUGGGAGCAGGUGCUUUGUACAGGAAAGCAGAACUGUUUAAUGGAGGUGUAUACAAGCUGAGAAUAAAAGCGGCAGACAAGAGUGGAGAUGCUGUGACUGAGGUUUUAUUUUGGGAUGGCCCUGAAAAUGGCAUUGCAACAUACAAAUACGAAGAAGAAAAAGAAUUUGAGAACUGUGUCUGCUGCUUUACCAAUCCUAUUCCACUGACUUGUGGAGGGUGUGACUGUGCAGACUACCUGCUCAAUAAGGGUUACUUCCUGAACGAGACUUUCACCACAACCACCACCACAACACAAGCUCCAGACAACAGAACCUAUCCACCUUAUGAUGUGGUCGAUCACCAGGGUUCUAGUGUUAUUGAUAAACCAGAGACAGUCAAAAGUGUGGCUUAUGACUCGUGUGGAAUACAGAUCUACUCAGCUAAUGCUGCUACCAAUGAGAGUGCUUUUGUUGUGUCAUGGUGCCGAUACUUUAAUAAUACCAGAAGAAUGGGGAAGUUAGUCUCAGAAAUUAAAGUGAAUCCAAGUGAUGACUUUUACAACUACAGAAUUGAAUUUGCUGUGAGAAAUGAAGAUUCUACAUCAACAAAAUGGUGCAUGAUGGUGUAUGUAGAAGAUGACUUCAUCAAUGAAAUCUGCGAUGUUCCACAGUUGUCCACCAGUGCCUUGAUAUUUUUCCACAUCUUCAAGAGACACAAUGAGAUCCCAGUACACGAGGACAAGUUCAGUGUGUGGUCUGCGAGGGCUUCUCUGUCUGACCUUGAGAUGCCCCCUGCUGUAGGCACACUGUGCAGGUCUGGUCCUCAAUUCAUUGGUUACACUAAUCCCAUCAUGUUAUAUGAGGCUGGAGUUGGAACAUCUCCCUUGUCAACAGAUGCAGUGGAUUUCACACUGAUUGAUCGUCCAUGCGUUCCCUGUUACGGAGAGUGUUCCCAUUAUGGAUGUGAUCCUGACUGCAAUGCUACAGUCACAACCCAGAAGUUCUUCACACUGACCAACAUUAGUUUGCCUUCCAAACGGACAGUCUAUAAUGAGACUGGACAUCCCUCCCAGGAGAUCAUCACAUACUAUAUGACAGUUAGAGGUAUAACAGGUUCAGGUGCCAAGGCAGAGGCCUCCUCCAAUGGAUUUUAUGUGGAUGAUACUGUACCAGAAUUUGAUACAGACAUCAUGGAAGGAGAUUUCUAUUUUGAUGUCGGACAAGGGGAGAGCACUCCUGUCAAAUACCAGAAGUCAAAUGACACAAUUAAGUGUGUCUGGAAAUGUGAUGAUGAAGAAAGUGGUAUUGUGGAAUACACUUGGGCCAUAGGAACAAUUCCUGGAUCUACAGAUAUCCAAAAUUUCACCUCCACAGGGCAGACUGUCGUAGGAAUUAAUGAUCAGCUCGGUGGAAUACUGGAACAUGACCAGACCUACUACGCCACAAUCACCUGCACUAAUGGAGCUGGUCACACUACAGCCUACACAGACACAAAAGGUGUUGUUGUCAAGUUAAUCCCACCAGAAGUAGACUCGGUGAACACCACUAUCCCAGGAACAUCACCGUUUACAGAAGAGGUCUUCCCUAAGGACUCCAUGCAACAGCAUGAUCCAACAACUGUGGGCUUUACAUUCACAAAGUCAGAUGAUCCUUCUGUCAACAGAUAUGAUCUAUGUGUCGGGUCUGAAGAAAACACAGAUGAUAUAAUUCCAUGUACAUGGGUGGGCUACAACAUGUCUGGUUCUGCAUCCAUUAAAAACGGAUCCUUGUGGAUAAAUGGCAAAGAAGUAAGAAAACUCUCGGAGCUAAAUCCAAUGCAUGUCAAUUCCUCUUCUUCAGCCAGUGAUGGAUUUAAGAUGCCAGUUGGUAAACAAAUGUUUGUUACAAUGCGUCUGUGUAAUGAGGCCAUGCUAUGCACCAACAAAAGCCUUGGAGUAGUGGUUAUUACCAGCAGCCAAUCUACAAUAGCCACCUCCACCAAUGGAACAGCCAUUAAAGAGAAGCUCUCACUGUCCACAAGAAAGAGGUCGGCUAACGAACUGGACAUAUCGACUCCUAGUGGUUUAGCAGAUGGGCAGUCAAUAAUUAUUACCAAGCUGACUCGGGCAGACCUGCAAACCACAUACAGCUCUGAUGCUUCUACUAACUUUGUACCUUACAUACAAGAUCCAGCGUCAUCUUUGGACAUGGUCCAGAGACUUUUGUACAAAAGGUUCUAUGGGAGUGGCUUCUCUUUCUCGGUGGUUCCACUUGGAAAUGUUGAAUUACCAGGUCCACUGACCAUCUCGUACCCAGACAGUGUUGGGAAGGUGACGACCGGGAACAGGACAACAGUAGUACAUUGGAACCCAAAUAUGCAGUACUGGGAGAUCAGCAGCAAGACCUGCUCUCAUCUAACUGCAGAGGAACAAGAGGUGUAUGAUCCGAACACGCACACAAUGACUGUUAAGGUAUGUAGUACGUACAACAUGGAGACAGAUCCCACUGAAUCCAGACAGAAAAGGUCUGUGCAGUCAGGGACAGCUCAUUUCAGUAGAGAAACCAUGUUUGUGUUGGCAGACACAGCAGCCUCUAUUUAUAACUCCCCGCCUAGACUGACAAGCUCGAGAGAGGUCAACAUUCUCGAAGACUCGGGAAUAGUAAAAUACCAACUUGCUGCAACAGAUGAAGAAGGCGAUACUAUCCAGUUCAAACUUCAGGAAACCAUUUAUAGCCAUGGGGUAGCUAGUUUGACUGGGGAUGGAUUAUUUGUAUACACUCCUUGUCAAGACUGUUCUGGAGUGGAGUACAUCAACAUUACAAUGUAUGAACAGCAAAGUGAUUCUGACAUUCCCCCCGCCUCCACCGUAGACGUCAUUAGGGUCAACAUCCAGGCUGUCAACGAUCCACCUGUCAUCUUUCUUAUCCAUAAUGGACAGUCCAUAUUGCAUGAUGAUCCUACAGAACCAAUGACUAUUUUGCUAGAAGCCAAGAAUGAUUUUAAUGUUGAACUUUGGGAUGAGUCCUGGACGGCUUUGCUUGGAGCCUAUGAUGUGGAAUCAGCAGACUCCCUACAUUUGGAAUUGUCUGGUUCUGCAGUAUCAAACUUAAGUCUGUCUAAUGAGGACAGAGGACUUCCAACACUCUUAGAAGAUUGCACUCUCAAUGAGAAUAACCAGCCAUGUGUUAGAAAUUUUACUCAAACUCUGCCACAUCCUGCUGAUAAACUCUCGUGGCUGAGUUACUCCAUCCAGUUUUCACAGCCUUUGAACCAGUUUGGGAAUUUUACCUUAAACCUUUACUUCAUGGAUAGCAGAAAUGCAACAACUCUACCAGUUACCCUCAAGUUUGGCCUAAUGGAAUCCCCAUGCCACAAUGGAGGAACUUGCUAUGCCACGGGUAUCUAUCCAUGCAAUGACACCCACAGAACGCACAGCUUUGAUGCUUACUACGCCUGUCAAUGUUCAGGAGGUUAUCAAGGGAAACACUGUGCUGAGGACAUCAAUGAAUGUCUGAGUGAUCCUUGUAUGACACCUCAUGUCUGUUAUAAUGAAGUCAAUCACUACCGGUGUGCCUGUCCCCAAGAUCAGCCAAACUGCGAGCUCCUGCCCUGGAUGGUGGCUCUGAUUGCCGUGAUGGUGGUGGUGGCAGUUGUGGUCAUCAUUGUUUUGGCAGUUGUGAGAUACAAGAUCAAGAAAAGGAAAGAACCUUAUGAAAAAGCACUCCUAGGUUCACAGUCCACUUUAGCCUCUACAGUCAGCCUAAACAAAUCCAGUGAAGGAAAAAUAAAGACAGAUGACGAUGAGGUGACAGAUGACGAUGAGACUGCCACUGAAAUGCUUGACAAAGGACCAGAGAUCUUGUUUAAUGAAUCUGAGAACUUCACAGAGGAAGAAGUACCUGUGCCUGAUGAAAAGAAAGAUAUGAAUUGGGUAGAACAGCAGCACAAUCCUGAUUACUACAGCAAUCGUCUCCUCAAGUCCAACUUUAAGCCUUUGAUACCAGUUAAGGACUCCUUAGUAUCUGAAAAAGUGAGCAAGGAAGAAAAAAGAAAGAAGCAAUCCUCAAAGUCAACAGGCAAGAAAACGAGGAAAGAAAAAGCAGAGUACCAGCUUCAAAAGAACCUUAGAAAAGGUCAAGGCCCGUCUAUAGGUCACGGCCCGUCUAUAGGUCACGGCCCGUCUAGACCUGUAUUUCAGUCCUCAUUGCUCCCAGCGAUUGCCACACCGGAUCAGAAACUGUCUGCCAGAUCACAUGCUCCAGACAAGAAGAAGCCAAGUAAAGUUCAUCCAGUUGACUUUGAUGUGAAUCCAAACAAAGAGACUGCUGUGAAACCUGAAAAACCUUUCAAUGCUGAUAGAAAUGGGUCUAACAAGGAAGACUGGGAUUCAGCUAAGUCAGUCCCUGCACUGGUGGAAGAUUUAACAUCGCCAAUCAAUCCAAUGAACAAACCUCAGAGUCCUAGACCUGGAGGGUUGGUAGUUUCCCGUCACAACAAGGUCCAUCCACUGAAUACUGAAGGGUCUUCGGAUGUCCAGACUGCUUUUGCCGAUGAAAGCAUGUCUUUUUAUGAGCAGCAAUGGAGAGAUACACCAGUGGAUCUAAUUGAGUUGGAGAGUGCUGAUCAGGCCAACACUGAUCCAAAGUAUGCCUUUGAUUUGGAGGACAAGCCUGGAAGCAGCAAAGUCUUUAAAUUGACAUUGAUAAUAAAGUUAUUUUUUCCCCAUCAAUGUGGAUAUUGAAUCGAUUGAGAUUGCUAGGAGCAACAGGCACUGAUACAUACGUUAGAAAUGAAUUCUGAAUCGUCAGACGAUGAAGUUAAAGACACGAAACAGAGAAAGCUUGAUGUGGCUACGACAGCUUCCCUCGAUCUUGUUGCUUUAAACAAUAAGGUAAUAUCUAUGAGGGGCCAGAUUAAGAAAGUGAAAGUUCAAGUGAUCCACAGGCAUACAAGGCAGAUCAAAGCACUGCAGAGGAAAGAAAGAGGCUCAGAAAAAUUAUUGGAGAAAAACAAAAGAAAAGCAGAAAGAUUAGUGGAGGAAGUACAAGUGAUAAAGGAUUUGAAGCCAGACCGUAUUGCAAAGUAUGCUAUUGGUCACACAGCAUCGUUUGCUGAAGUCUGCAAAGAGAAAUUAAACAUGGAUGAUUUUGAUGUUGAGAGUGAAAUACAAACAGACACUGUACCAUCUUUCUUAGUAGCAGACAAUAAAUCAAGUCCUUCAGAUGCUAAAUCACUGAAACCCAAAAAGAAGGAUGCAUUCUUUGUCACUAGUGAUGAUUCAGGUGAAGAGGGAGAGGAUGAUGACAAAAAGGAAGAGGAUCAUUACAGAUUAAAGGGAUAUGAUGCAGAUGAUAGUGAUGAAGAGAGGGAGUUGGAGAGAGGAAAACAUGCAUUUAGGUCAACAUUCCUUGGCUCUUUGUCUGAAAAGGACUGGAGGAAAAGUAGCCAAGAAAGAAACUCAGAGAAAAUAAGUAGGACAACUGGACCAAAAUCAUCCACCAGUUUUCCAAAAAAUAAAAAAGGGAGAGAAUUUCCAAAGAAAAAUCCCAGACAAAGCUUUAGGUUAAAAGAGACUCAAGGUAGUGCUGGAAAAGUUGACAAUUCGAAGGAUGAAAAGUUACAUCCAUCAUGGAUUGCAAGCAAGAAACGAAAAGAGCAAGCACAAAUACAAGCAUUUCAAGGGAAGAAAAUAAAAUUUGAUGACUAGCAUUGACAAGGAUAGGCUCCACCUGAUCAUUCAUGGAAUUACGUAAACUGAAAGUGUCCCAUUAACUUGUUUGACUUUAUUAGUACAUCAUGACUGCAGAAGUUUUCAAGCAUAGUAUCCUCAUCACUUACUAUUCCAUACAAUUUCAAUGUAAAAUCAGAAUUUGUGUGAAAUGAUGUUUGUACAAUAAAACACUCUGUCAGGGAAUACUAUAUAUAAAUAAAUUACACAUAUACUAUGAUUUUGAAUCAA